AUGAACCGACUGUCAGUGCUCGCUGCUGCUGCGCUUGUGUUCGGAGCUGUCGCAGCUCUGCUUUGCUGGCACCACGAUGAUUUGGCAAUGCGGCGGCUGACAGAACAAGGCCGCCCACGCUGCUCCAUGUCUGGAAGAUCCUGCCAGCAGUCAGGCUGCUGUGCACAGAUGUUCGAUCGAUGCUUCCAGCAGCAUGAUGGGGUAUCUUACUGCCGGGCGAGCUGCUCUCCUGGAACAGGCUGGAGCUGCCAGCAGCCCUUUGCACACCCUUUGGCAAAGGCCCGCCAGACCGAACAGUGGCCGGACUUAGUGGCCGUGUGUUCUGCUGGUAUGGUCCUUGUGGAAAAUGAGGCUUAUGUUCAGAAGUACAACGCAAGCUGUGAUACCUACUGCCACCGCGGUGCCGGGCCUGCCGUCCGCAAUCCCAUGAUGUUCGGGCUUAUCGGCGAAGGCCUGGGAGUGAAGAGAAUGGUGAUCUUGCCGCAUCCUUCAUCUCGAACAAAGUCUCGCAUGUCACAGUGCAACACGCUGACAAUCGCAUGA